ACAUGGCUUCCAGAUUCAGUGGAGCUCUACAAUUGACCGAUUUAGACGAUUUUAUCACUCCUUCGCAGGAAUGCAUAAAACCUGUGAAAAUUGAGAGAAGACCAGGAAAGAAAACUGGAGUAAUAAAGAUUGAGAAUGAUGGCAGUUACCUGCAAAUAGGCGAGGAUGGAGAAGAAAGAAAGUUGGAGAAAGCAAAGAUAACUCUAAAUGAUUGUCUGGCGUGUAGUGGCUGUAUCACCUCAGCUGAAAGUGUCCUCAUCACACAGCAGAGUCAGGAUGAGUUAUACAGAAUUUUGGACCAAAAUAGGAAAACAGAGGAUCCAGGGGUAAUCAAACAUGUUGUGAUAUCCAUAUCUCCACAAGCCAGGGCAUCUUUAGCUGCAAAAUAUAAGUUAUCUGAUGAAAAUGCUGCAAAGAAGCUCACUGCAUUUUUCAAACAACUUGGUGCUGAGUAUGUCUUUGACACAACAUUCUCAAGAAAUUUCAGUCUUCUUGAAAGCUGUAAGGAAUUCAUCCAAAGAUUCCAAAGGAAGGAAGAUGACAAAAGAGCUUUGCCAAUGCUGGCUUCUGCAUGUCCAGGUUGGGUGUGCUAUGCAGAGAAGACACAUGGGUCCUACAUUCUUCCUCACAUUUCUACCACGAAGUCACCCCAGCAGGUCAUGGGAUCUCUAGUCAAGGACUUCCUGGCAUCAUCUAGAAAUCUUACUCCAGAUCAGAUUUAUCAUGUCACCAUCAUGCCAUGUUUUGAUAAGAAACUCGAGGCCUCAAGACAAGACUUCUACAGUGACCUAUACAGCACUAGAGAUGUGGACUGUGUUAUCACAUCUAUGGAAGUGGAUACAAUGCUCGAGAAGGAAGGUGUGUCUCUUGGGGAUAUUGUCGAUGAUAACCAUUCAUUUGAUUCAUUCUUUGGUGGCACAGAGCAUGGACUUCAGACGCAUGAUGGUGGAGGAUCUGGUGGCUAUCUUGAGUUCAUCAUUAAGUAUGCUGCUCAGGAAUUGUACGGGCUACAACUAGAACAAUUGCAAUAUAAGACACUGAGGAACCAAGAUUUCAAAGAAGUAACCUUGGAGGUAGAUGGAGUGGAGAAACUUAAAUUUGCUCUUGCUUAUGGAUUUCGGAACAUACAGAAUAUUGUACAGAAAAUCAAGCGAGGGAAAUGUCAAUAUCACUUCGUUGAAGUGAUGGCAUGUCCAUCAGGCUGUCUCAAUGGAGGAGGUCAAAUCCGUCCUGACGGAGAUGAAAAGGCAAAAGAACUUUUACAAAGACUUGAGGAUCUUUAUAAAACACCAGAAAAAGAGGAUCCCUUGCGUAACCAACUAGUAGAGAGAUUGUAUGCUGAAUGGUUGGGACAUCCAGAGAGUGAUAAGGCUAAACAAAUGUUACAUACGCAAUAUCAUGAAGUGGAGAAAAUGACAAAUGCUUUAACUAUGAAGUGGUGAAAAAAAUCUGUUUUGGACUGUACACUCUAAACUUGUGAUCUAGUCUUUAGCUUUUAUAUCUUAAAGCUGAGAGGAUGGUACAUGCACAUGGGCUAUCAACAAAAUAUGAGCUUAUAUGUUCUGAUGUAGGCACUGCAGAAUGUUUUGAGAGGGUAGUGCAAUUAGAUUUUACUUUCAAAGCCAAUGUACUUUCUCUAUUCAUUGUUCUGAAAUGUAAAGUACAUGAGCGUCUAUGAGAUUUUUUUCAAUUAAAUUAUAUGAAAUGAGACCAA